AUGUCCGCCUCCGCCUCCUCCGCGCUCGCCUCCUCGCUCUCGCGGGCCCCCGCGCUGAGCUCGCGCGCCGCCGCGCGCGGCCGCGUCGUCGGACGCGCCGCCGCCGCCGCCGCGCGUCGACAGCGACACCGCGGACGACGACCCUCCUCCUCCUCGCCCAGGCUCGUCCUCCGCGUCGUGUCGUACGUGCAGUACACCCUCGACGGUCCCGGGUGCGCGGCGUCGCGGUCCGAGGCGGACUGGCACACGAGCGUCCUCCUGGGGAGCCACCCGGAGGGAUGCCCGCCGCAUCCGGUCGACGUCACGGAGCGAUGCGAGGCGGGCGACGGCGCGUUCGCGCUCGGGAACGCGCGCUUCGAGCAGCGAGGCGAGGACCUGUACCUGUCGGUGGUGGACGCCGCGUCGGAGGAGGAGGAGGAGGAGGGGACGACGAUCCGCGCCGAGAGCGAGGGCGCGGGCGGGGAGUACGUCGCCGGCGAGAGCAAGGAGCUCGAGCGCGAGCGCGAGUUCGACGACGAGCGCAAGGGCGGCGUCGGAGGCGGCGGCUUCUACGCCGGUGCGUUCUUUGGUUCGUCCUUUGGGUUUCCUUUUUUUCUCUCUCCGCUCACUUCGCUCGUCGUUCACUCGCGCGCAGCGGUCCGCGUCGACGGUAAAGCCGUCGGCCGCGAGAGCGUGAAGCUGAGCCCCGGCGCGAUCGUGACGCUGGAGAAGCCAGGGAGCGAGACCGCGACGUUCGAGGUCAACCGCCAGGUCCACGCACACGCGUGA